AUGAGUACCAUACAGAACAUCAAGAACCUCAUCAGGCAUGGACGAAAUGGCCAGAAGCAACCCGAUAUUCCUCGUGACCAGCCUACGACCAAUGUCUCGCCUGUUCACGCCCAGCAGCAAAAAUACAACCACGCCAUUAGUGAACCUCAAGUCGGCCACCAGAAGCAGCAGAACUACCAAGCCGGCGUGAACGACCCUGGACAAUACUCUGUUGCUGGCGGCGAUCAUCGAAACGUCGCUGCCCAAGCCGGCCAUGCUGCCGCUAACGCACAAGGCAAGCAUCAAAAGCUGCAAGGCAACACUCGCGCAGAGAUCGAAGCUCUUGUGGCCGAGGAGCGAGAAAAGUCCACUAAGAUGCCUCGAUACCCGGGCCUGGAACGAUUCAUCUUGGUCGAGAAAAUGGGCGAUGGCGCUUUCAGCAAUGUCUAUCGAGCAAGAGAUACCCAAACUGGACAGGAGUGCGCCAUCAAAGUCGUCCGGAAGUUCGAAAUGAACUCGAAUCAGGGCGACGCACAUCUUCAUCCGGAUUUCAAGAAGCAGCCGAAGACUGUGGAGCGAGCCAACAUCCUCAAAGAAGUCCAGAUUAUGCGGCAACUCGACCACCCCAACAUCGUUAAGCUCAUCGACUUCUCCGAAUCUCGGCAGUACUACUACAUUGUCCUCGAGUUAUGCCCAGGCGGCGAACUUUUCCAUCAAAUCGUACGGUUGACCUAUUUCAGCGAAGAUCUGAGCAGGCACGUCAUUGUACAGGUCGCCAAAGCGCUGCGAUAUCUUCACGAGGAGAGAGGCGUUGUACAUCGUGAUAUUAAGCCUGAGAAUCUACUCUUCUAUCCUGUUCCCUUCAUCCCCACCAAGAAUCCUAAGCCCCGUCAGCCCGACGAUGAAGACAAAGCUGAUGAAGGCGAAUUUGUCCCCGGCGUGGGUGCAGGUGGGAUUGGCGAGAUCAAGAUCGCCGAUUUCGGGCUCUCCAAGGUGGUCUGGGACUCGCAAACGAUGACGCCAUGUGGUACAGUCGGCUACACUGCCCCCGAAAUUGUCAAGGAUGAGCGAUACAGCAAGUCUGUGGACAUGUGGGCCCUGGGUUGUGUGCUGUAUACUCUCCUCUGCGGCUUUCCUCCAUUCUACGACGAGUCUAUCCAAGUCCUCACCGAGAAGGUUGCCCGUGGUCAGUACACCUUCCUGUCGCCCUGGUGGGACGAUAUCUCCAAGUCAGCACAAGAUCUGGUCUCUCAUCUACUCACCGUCAAUCCCGACAAACGGUAUACCAUUGACGAGUUCUUGAACCAUCCAUGGAUCCGCAAUGUUCAAGAACCUACCUAUGCCGCCGCCGACGCGCCGCCUCUUGCCACCCCUCUAGUCAUGCGACAGAAGGAAUGGGCCAUGAACAAUAAAGUCGUCGACCAGGCUCCCCAUGAUCUGGGCCUGCUAGAAGGUGUUACCCCAGGUGGUAGGAGAAUGGAUUUCCGAUCACCGGCUGCUGUCAACUUACGAGAAGUCUUUGACGUUGGCUAUGCUGUACACCGACAAGAGGAAGAAGCUAAGCGACGGAAAAACUUCAAGCAAGGAUACCGAGGAGGUGCUGCCCCUGGUCAACUUAAUCCGUUGAACGAGGAUGAUGAUUUCGAUGAAGAUGACGAAUACGAUGAUGAUAUCUCGAGCAAAGUGCCUCGGUCGCAAGCACCCAGUGAUGUUUCUGGUAUGGAGUCUAAGAUGCGCCAGACCAAUCUUUCUGGUACGCAACCUUCGGCAGCAGCUCAAGCUCGCUCAGCUGCAGCACCUGCUCGCAGCCAACAUCACCAACAAGAGCAGCGCGGAUAUGGCCAACAUAGCCCGGCCGUCGCCGCCGCCGCGAAGAAAAGUGUUGGCAAACGCAACCAGCAGCCUUUCGAAUUGAGUUUGGACAACAGUACGUUGCUUGGUCGGAGAAACAAGCACGGUGGUAUGCCAAUGCAGAUGCAGAUGCCGGGCGACAAGGGUACGAGCAAGCUCCGCGAGGAGCUCAGUGUGCGAUGA